AUGACAACCUCUCGAACUACUCAAUCUCAAGGAUGGACCGACAGAUUCGAACACAUUCUUUUACACUCUCUCCCCAUUCGCGGAACCGGCGGGAGCAAGAACAAUAUCAACGUCAAUCCCCAUGCAACGCUCCCGCCCGGGCAUCUCUGGCGGUCCAUGUUCUAUCACACGGUCUAUCACGAGAUGCAAGCGGGGCAACACAAGGGUCGCAGGUACUUGAGGAUCCACUAUCCUGGCCUUGAUGCAGUGUCGGUGUAUGAAUACCCCCCAAUGGAGGAGCUGACAUUCGAGACGGCAUUUGGGAGAGGGGAGGGGAACGGGGGGCUGGGGUGCGAUUUACUGAUGGAGAAGCUCAGGACAAAGCUGUUUUAUCUCCCCGCGUCGGCGUGCACUUCCUUCGUCAUUGGGCACGUCAUGCAAGCCUUCAUUCAUUCUCCUCAAUAUCUCGCUAGGGCUCUGCGGAAUGGCUCUGCCGGCUGCCGGCCUUUUGAUCUGAGCGUCAACCCACAAUGCGAAUAUCUGGCCACGUUCAGGCCUCCGGACUCUGUAGAUACUGGGUCUGGACCGGCUUCUUGUGCUAUGCCCCUCUCUUCUGAACCUGGCGCGUCGUCUCGGAGCGUUCCUAAGUCUGUCCUUUUCAACCUAGUCGCCGGCCUGUUCAAAGCGCCCACGGAUCUUAAAGCCCAUUUGCUAGAAGAAUACAGAGCCGAUAUGGAUGUCGCGUUUCGAGAUUCGGUCCUUCAGCCGUUGAAGCAUGCGCCCAAAGCUGCAGACGCGUGGGCAGGACCCACGAUGCGUCGGACAGCAGGUGCCCACGUGAAUGAAAAGGCUCAGGGCGAGGUCCCCAUCUCGGUCGAUGUGACAGAAUCGGCGUUCGGGGAACUGGAGGCCCUGAAUGCUGCAGGCGGUAUCUCUGGAGUCUCGAUCUCUUUGUCAGACUCGAGCAGCACCUCUGGGAUCUUCUCGACGGCGCCUUCUAGUCCGCUUACCAAGGUGAUUGAAAACAAGGUAUCUCCAACUAUUAGCCUAGCUCUCAAGAUCAAGGAACUCUUCGCCACUUCGCCUGCUCCAGUUGGACUCUCGCCCGAUACACCUGUCCUUGGGCCCAAGCGAGUGGACGACCUGUUUUCCGAGGGGUCUUGCGUUCAGCCUAGCGAUCUCGAACCUGAUGGCCAGCUCCUUUCUCCCGAGUCGAGCUCUUUUCCUGGGACGUCCAUGUCGUUCUCGCUCCCCCGCUUUCCUUAUCCUGGGAAAACCAGGCGAUCUAGAGCUAGGGUCUCAUCUCACCAUUCCCUGAAGUCGCCUACGCCGAAGAGUUCGCCGUCCGCGGACGAUCCAACUAUGCCCUUCGCCGAGAACGAGCCGAACAUCGACUUUCAUCGAUCGGCGUCGCAGUUGAAGAAAGGCAAACGAUCAUCUUGGGCCGCCGGCACGAAUGUCGUCAGCAUUGGCAAAGUCUUGGCUGUCGCGAAGGAUAUCGACUCGAAGAACAGCCUUGCUGGCGCUUCUGGAAGGGCAGAAGGCAGCGCAAAGGAGAACCUCAGGCCGACGAGAUUCGCAUAUCCUCCCGGAUCUGCUUGGACUUCGUCGAGGGUCUGA